AUUCCUCACGCAACGGAUGACCACGGUGGUGAUGGGGAUGGAAGCGAUGGAGGUGGAGAGGUAGAGGAUGGCGAGUCAGACAUGUCGCGUGAUGGUUACUAUGCUGUUGCUGUGCUACGCGUCCGCUUUUCUUCCUCAUAUCCCUUUGAACUCCCGUAUCUCAAGAUCGAGCCCGAGAUCGGCCUCACUGAUGAAGUCCUUGUCGCUCUGCAGGAAGCCAUUGAUGCCCGUGCUCCCGAAAUGCUCGGCUCUGAGAUGAUUUACGACAUUGUCGAGAUUGCUCGCGAGAUCGUUACCGAGCACAACGUCAAGCCGCUCUCGCUCCAGGAGGAGCGUCGUCGCCACGAGGCCGAGCUCAAGGAGGCUGCAGCCUUGGCCCGCAAGAACCGCGAGGCUGAGACUCGCCGCCGCGAGAAUGCAGAGCGCGCCGAGCUGGACGAGCGCAUCCGCUCCGAGCUAGUCGAGCGUAGGCGUGGCGGCGAGACGACGCCGCCAGCAUCUGCGUCGACGUCGGCGCCGCCCACCCCGCGCGCUGCCCAGACGCCUGUCAGCAGGCCCACGCCCGCCGGCACACCGCCGGCUGGCAAGAGCUUUCAGAUCGGCGCCCUUCUUGGAGUUGGUACCUUCGCCCAGGUCUAUAAGGCGCUCAAUACUGUGACCGGGACGCUGAUGGCGCUGAAGCGCAUCGCGCUUCGCGGCUCGACCAACCGCAAGAUGAACGAAAUGAUCGCCAUUGUCCGCGAGAUCGAGAUUAUGCAGGAGCUCCACCACCCCAACAUUGUCCGCUACCUCGGUGUCGACACUGAGCCCGACGCUCUCAUCAUCCUCAUGGAGUACGUUUCAGGUGGCUCUAUCGCCAAGCUCCUCGAGUCGUUCGGACCCUUCCAGGAGUCGAUUAUCCGCCUCUACACGCAGCAGCUUCUUGUCGGCCUCAACUUUCUGCACUCGCGCGGCUUUGUCCAUCGCGACAUCAAGGGCGCCAACGUGCUCCUCGACGACGGGGGCGUCAUCAAGCUCUCCGACUUUGGCUGCUCUACCCGCAUCGAGGAGCUUGUUCUCGCCCACAACCAAGGCGACAUGCCAUCCGUCCGCGGCACACCGGCGUGGAUGGCACCGGAAAUGGUCCAGCAGAUUGCGUAUGACGCAAAAGUCGACAUUUGGUCGGUCGGCUGCACCGUCAUCGAGAUGGCCACCGGCCAGCGGCCGUACAACACAUGCUCCAACGCUCCCGCCACUUUUUUCAAGGUCAUGCAGGACGCACCCGAGCUGCCGGCCUCGCUCUCGACACAAGGUCAUGCCUUUCUCAGCAGGUGCUUUGUUCGCGAUCCACCCACACGCCCCUCGGCUGCUGCGCUCCUCGACGACGCGUUUGUGGCGGCGGCAGGAAGGGUUGGCAUUGACGAGUCUGCUGCGCAUCGGCUUGUCGCUGCGCCCGAGCCUUCGCCCGGCUCCGAGUCACCGGUUGCUACCGCUUCCAUGCGCCCUAGCUGGGGCGAUGGUCGUCCUAGCUCGAGCGUGCCGCCGUCGCCGGCCGGCUCGCCGUCGCGCCCCUCAGUCAUCAUCCCGCCUCGUGACAUAGUCCAGCCGCCGACCACUCCCUCGCCGGGCGUGGAGAGCAUACCGCCAACCCCGUCAUCAGCCUCGUCGCUCCUCAAUGACAACCCGCUUACAUCGGGUACUGCUGCUGGCUCGCGCUACCGCUCUGACUUUCAGGAGCUCGUCCUCCUUGGUUCGGGUGGCUUUGGCCAGGUCUGGAAAGUCCGCAACAACCUCGACGCCCGACUCUACGCCGUUAAGAAAGUGCUUCUUGACCCACACGAUGAAGCGCUCAAGAAGAAGAUCGUCCGCGAGGUCAUCACGCUCUCGCGCCUCCACCACCAGUACAUUGUCCGCUACUACCAGGCGUGGAUGGAGGACUCGGAGACGCCGAUUGCCCGCAGCAGCUCGGCGGUGACGGCCGCCCGCGUCAAGCGCCGCCGCGCUGAUGCCGCCCAGAAGUUGCUUGCCCGAACUCGUCGCCAGGUGCAGCCUGGCGACGACGCCGAGUACGAGUACGAGUCGGCGUACGAGUACGUGUACGAGGACCAGAACGGUGGAGCCGCAGCGGAGGCGGACAGGCCGAUCGCGCCGACUGCGUCGCAAUGCAGUGGCGCUUCUGGAUGUGUUGGCAAUGACAACACCGCUGCUACUCUCGCCAACAGCAAUCACAACGACGACGACGACGAUGAUGAUGAUGCUAAUGACGCUGACCUCUUUGAGGCUCAGGCCAUGCUCUCAAUCGGCGGCAGGACCGGACGCCGCGACGGCCGGCGCUCGCAGACGGUUUCGCGGGCCAACUCGCGAGCCAACUCGCGGUCGCGGUCGCGGUCGCAAGCGAGCGGACAUGGUAGUGGCCACGUCACGUUCUCGCCCUAUUCACUCUGUCUCUACAUCCAGAUGGAGUUUUGUCCAAACCAGACGCUGCGGUCGCUCAUUGCCAGCGAGUCACUCACCACUGACCGCAUGUGGGUCAUUGUCCGCCAGAUCACCGAGGGCCUCGCAUACCUGCACUCGCAGGGCAUCAUCCACCGCGACCUCAAGCCGUCGAACGUGUUUCUCGACAACGAGGGCGAUGUCAAGCUCGGUGAUUUCGGCCUCGCUACCCGGCAAAUGGCUCCGGUAGUGGUGCAGGCGACAGCAGCCGACGCUGUGGAUGCCGCAAUGGGUGACGGAGUGUCGGCGGAAGUGCAGGACGAGCUGGCGCAGACCCAGGGCGUGGGCACGCCGUUCUACACAGCACCCGAGCUGGAGCACGGCCCGGUGGCCGAGGGUGAGGUCUACACCGAGAAGGUUGACAUGUAUGCGCUGGGCGUCAUCCUCUUUGAGAUGUGUGUCACAUUUGCCACGGGCAUCGAGCGCAUCCUCACACUCAAUGCACUCCGGGUCGACGGCACUCUUCCCGAGUCGCUCUUUGCCAACUCGCCCAAGGCCGGCGCGCUAGUCCAGUGGCUAGUCCAGCGCAAUCCAAACGACCGGCCGGCGGCCGAGGAGCUUCUCCGCGGCCACCUACCGAUGAACGUGCAGGACACGUACUUUGACAAUCUGAUGGCGUCGCUGGCGAACCGCGACGAGUCGACGUACCAGGCGCGGCUGCUGGAGGUGCUGUUCGGGCAAAGCAACGACGAGUACUUUGACAUCAUGUACGAUGCGGCAGAGAUUGAGGCUCCCAACGAUGUGUACCUCGACGUGCGCAACUAUGUCGAGGUGCGGUUGCAAUCAGUAUUUGCCCGACACGCCAGCACCUCGUUUACCCCGCCGCUUUUGCUGCCCAAGUCGGAGCUCACACCAGACGCGGCCACCCUACCGUUUGACCUGCUACUGCCGCUGGCGCGGUUUGCGGGACGAACCGGUGUCGUCUCGCUCCGGCGGCACGCCAUCAGCUCGGUCUACCGGCGGUCGCGGACGUUUGUGGAGGCCGACUUGGACAUCAUCGGGCGGCGCGAGACUGGUUUUGACCUUGUCAUGUCCGAGGUGGAGAUUGCGCACACCUGCGCCGAGCUUGUCCUCGCCUUUUCGCCGUACCUUGACGACUACACGCUCUCGAUCAACCACGGCGGCGUGGUGGAGGCGGUACUCAUCGAGGCCGGCGUUCCGCUGAGCUUGCUCUCACGGGCGCAGCUGGUCCUUGCCUCGCUCUCUGGCGAGGCAGCACCGGCACAUCGGCUGAUCGAGCUCAUGGAGCUGCAGCUGAGCAACUCGGCGGUGAAGCGGCUCAACCGGCGGCUUGCACUUGAGUGUCCGCUGGACGAUGCGGUCGCGGUGCUCGGGCAGUGGGCAUCGGGCUCUCGGGCGAUGCGGUCGUCUCAGGCGCGGGCGCGGGUGCAGCGGGCGGUGCAGCGGCUGGCGCAAUUUGCUAGUCUUGUAGCGAGUUCGCGAACCAUAGCAGUUGCGCGGCUGGAGCCAGUCUUUGCGCUGCGGCGGCUGUACAACCCGCACUACUACGCAGGCGAGCUGAGCAUGCAGCUCGGGAUAUGGCGGCGGGCCGGGUCGAGCAAGCGCGACUCUGUGCUGGCGGUUGGCGGGCGAUACGACGCGCUGCUCAGCCGAUUCCGGCCGCUGCCGACGCUGGGGGCGGAGGCGCGCGAGAGCGGACCACUUGCCGGCGUCGGCCUGUGCGUCGCAGUGGACAAGCUUGUAAUGAUGAUCAAUCGGGCAGCACUCCACUCGCAGCUGGUACAGGAGGCACGGCUCGGGGCGAGUGUUCAGGUUGUGGUGGCUGCGCUCGGCGAGCGCGAUCUGAUGGCGGAGCGACUGCUCCUGCUGGAGCGGCUGUGGGAGGCGGAGCUCCCUGCAGGCAUUGCGCCGCAAAACGUGAGUGCAACGCUGAAUGAUCUGGUGGCGUACUGCGUGGAGCGUGGAUGCUCUUGGCUGGUCAUGCUCAAGGACAAGACGCUCCGCGAGACGCGGUCGGCCAAGGUGAGGGCGAUCUGGACACGGUCGGAGAUCGAGCUUGAGUUGAGCGAGGUCGUGUCGUACAUCUGCCGGCAUCGCGAGACGACGGCGCACGAGGUUGCGCACCAUGGACUUGUGGGCGGUGGGGGAGCAGCAGCGUCGACGUCGACCAAUGCCGUUGACGUUCGGCUUGUCACCACCUCGCCAAACCGGCGAAUCCGGCGGGCGAUCUCCGAGGCCGCGCUGCGGCGGGUUGAGGGCUUUGUCGAGGGCAUUGGCGGCCUCGACGUUCCGCUCGUGGUAAUUGCCAUCGACAAGGUGCCUGCCGCCGUCGUCUUUGACUGCGUGGCGCAAAUCCGCUGGGAGAACUUUGAUGAUGCCGCGCUGGAGCUUACAUGGGUCCAGCGCCACGGGCGGCACAAGGUUCUCCUCGCCCAGCUAGCUGCUGUCCUUGCAUCCGCCUUCGCUGACGGCUAUGCGCCCGGGCACUCUGGCCCCGAAGAGCGGCAUGGAUGCCUCGGCUUUUUUGCCCAUGCCGAGGAUGUGUUUUUGCCGUUGGGCCUGUUCACGCCAGAAUGGUACGUCCACGAGUCGGAUACCGUCCUCGGCAGGAUCAGGUACAAGUGGGGCCUGUUCGAGUUCUGUGGAACCGGCAAUUCGCAGACCACGUGCAAGGGCUACAAAGAGCUCGGGGAGGAUGCAUCGAACACCAAGGAGCAGAAGGAUGCGUGGCAAAAGUUGUACAACGGCGGCAUCAUCUGCGCACUCUGCGUCAUCCUCGCCCUGGUGGAAAUGCUCAUCUCGCUCGUCUGCGCAGCCUUUGAGUUCUUCACCCGCUCGCAGAACAAGGCCUCGUCGUGUGCCUCGCGCUCGGGCUUUACAGCCCUCAUCUUCCAACUCCUCGGCCCGCUCUUCUGGUACUUUUUCUCCAUCAAGGGCAACGAGCAGCCCGGAGUCCUCCCCUCGGACUCGUUCUCGGGCGUCGGCCUCGGCUGGUGGUCAGUCAUUGUCGGCAUCAUCUUUAACCUCAUCGCCGGCUUCCUCCUCGAGCUUGUCGACAACGGCAAGUAG